CGCUUUUCAGAACACACAAACACACACACACAUAUGCCUCGACUCAGCUGAGCAAAACUGGGUUUUAUUCUUGUUGUUGAAGGAAUGGGUGUUGUUACCAUGAGUGAAUUGAAGCCAAGCAUCUCUGGAAAACGAUCGUUUCGACCAAGUUCCAGUACACGGCAUGUUAUCGAAUGGCCAAUAUCCGAUGUUUCCAGCGAUCUGACAAUCGAUGUAGGAUCAGCAAGUUUUGCACUUCAUAAGUUCCCGUUGGUUUCCAAAAGUGGAAGGAUCCGGAAGCUUCUAAUGGAAGCUAAAGACUCCAAAGUUAUACGCAUAAAUCUUCAUAAUGUACCUGGUGGAUCCGAAGCAUUUGAACUCGCUGCAAAGUUUUGCUACGGAGUGAAUGUCGAGAUCAAUCUAGCCAACGUGGCAAAGCUUCGCUGCACGUCUCAUUUCUUGGAAAUGACUGAAGAAUUUUCCGAUAAGAAUCUCGAAAUGCGUACAGAAACAUUCCUGAAAGAAACUGUUCUUCCUAACAUAACCAGUUCGAUUUCAGUUCUACACCAUUGCGAAAACAUGUUACCGGUGGCGGAAGAGAUUAAUCUAGUCACAAGAAUCAUUACAGCUAUCGCGAAUAACGCUUGUAAAGAGCAGUUGACUUGUGGGUUAUCGAAACUAGAGAGUAACUAUCCUUCAAAACCAGUACUUUUACCAUCGGAAUCGGACAACUGGUGGGGGAAAUCGUUGACUGUUCUUAGCCUCGAUUUCUUUCAACGGGUCUUGACAGCAGUGAAGACGAGAGGCCUAAAACAGGAUAUGAUCGCCAGAAUCUUGAUGAAUUAUGCACAGAAUUCGCUGCAGGGAUUGUUCUUGAGAGACCCCCAGCUCCUAAAAGGAAGUUUCUCUGAUCUGGAAUUGCAGAAGAAGCAUAGAGUGAUUGUUGAAAUGAUCGUUGGUUUAUUACCCACACAAUCCAGAAAAAGCACUGUGCCAAUGGCGUUUCUUUCAAGCUUGCUCAAGUCUUCAAUCAUGGCAUCCACAUCCACAGCUUGUAGGUCUGAUCUGGAGAGACGAAUCGGUCUGCAACUCGAUCAGGUGAUACUCGAAGACAUACUCAUCCCAGCAAAUUCACAUGGAAACAAUCAUACACAGCUUUACGACACUGACUCAAUCUUCAGGAUCUUUUCCAUCUUCUUGAAUUUGGAUGAAGAUGAUGAUGACGAUGAUAAUCUGAUGAGGGAUGAAGGUGAAAUGGUGUACGAUUUCGACACACCUUCAUCACCAAAACAGAGCUCCAUCCUCAAAGUGUCAAAGCUACUUGACUGUUUUCUUACAGAGAUUGCGAUAGAUUCGCAUUUACCCGCAUCCAAGUUCAUUGCACUAGCGGAAUUGCUCCCGGAUCAUGCUCGAUUGGUCAAUGAUGGAUUAUAUCGAGCCGUAGACAUCUUUUUGAAGGUUCACCCAAAUCUAAAGGAUUCGGAGCGUUACCGGUUGUGCAAAACAAUUGACUGCCAAAAACUGAGUCAAGAGGCGUGUAGCCACGCGGCUCAAAACGAACGUCUCCCGGUGCAAAUGGCAGUUCAGGUGCUUUACUUUGAGCAAAUCCGGCUUCGAAACGCAAUGAACGGGGGCCACAAUCACCUCUUUUUCGGGUCAUUAAACACCCAGUUUCCGCAACGCUCUAGCAGCGGUGCAGGAAGUGGGUGCAUCUCUCCUAGGGACAAUUACGCAUCCGUUAGGAGAGAAAACAGGGAACUUAAACUAGAAGUGACCCGAAUGAGAAUGCGGCUUACAGAUCUUGAAAAAGAUCAUGUUUCGAUGAAACAAGAGCUCGUGAAGUCGCAUCCUGCCAACAAAUUGUUUAAAUCAUUGACGAAGAAACUUGGGAAACUGAAUACUUUGUUUAAGUUUAAAGAUGUUAGGGGUGUUGGAAGCGGACCGGGUUCCGAAAGCCGAUUCUUGUUUCAGAAACGAAGGCGUAAUUCUAUUGCGUGAUCGGUUUAUCAAUGAUUUUUGUUUUGUGUAGUGUGAUUGUGAAUACGAAAGAGUGUGUAUAGUUGUAGUGUUUGAUGGCGAGGUUUUUCUUGUUUCAAAAAUAUAAAAAGAACUUGUUUAGAAUAACUCAC